AUGGCGUCUGCAGAAGGGGACCGACUCAAUGGGUUAAGAAUAUUGACUGCAAAAUUUCCGAAAGAAAAUCCAGAUCUAGCUCCAAUAGUGAAUCUCAUGUUCAUACCACCAAAAGUUUUGCAUGAAUUCAUUCUUCUCCUGAAUAUCAAAGAUGAUAUGGGGGCAACGAGAGAUUAUCAAGGUUUAGGCAACCAUUUUGGAUUAGAUAUGUUCGAGGUUCUAAAUAUUGAACGUUGUCCUUACCCAAACGCCACAGCAGUGCUGUAUGAGGGGGUGAAAAAAGGAAAGAGUUACUUGGACUUGUUGGUGUUUUUAGUUGAGAAUGAUGUUGAUAGACUUGACUUGCUUUUAAAAGCUUGGCCAGCCACUUUGAGGGCAUAUCAAGAUUAUGAAAUGAGUCAAGUUCAAAGUCACUAUCCAGGUCAAAGGCACUAUCCAGGUCAAGGUCAGGUCAGGGGUCAACUUCAAAAUACAACACAAUUAGUGCCAACACAAGCUUCUUGGAAUUGCUCGUCCUCUGAGGUUUCGUCUGAUCAGUGUAGUUUAUCACAAAAUGACCUGAAUUAUGCUGAGUCUGUAUUCAGUAAUAUUGAAAACAAUCACUAUCCGUCCACUAUUUUAUCAGAUGAAAAUACAGUCGAGAGAGUGUCAGACUGGAUUAAUGGGACUGCCCAACAAUCAUCCAGUCGUAACACUAGAGUUCAAGGUCAUAGACAACCAGUUGAAAUAACUGACAGCAUUGAACUCUCUGUGUUGAAUAUUUCUCCACAACCAAGGUUAAACAUUCAAACAAAUCGAGGAACCUCAAAUACUGAUCCUGAAGUCGUGUCCAAUACAAGAGAUUUAACCCUUGAAGACGAGGGUUAUGUGGAUGGUAACCAAACUUUUUCUAAAAGUAUUGAAGCUGACUCGAGAAACCCCAACAUCGUAGCAGUCACGGUCCAUCGUGAGGAUACAGACACUCCUCUUCCUAUUAGCAACACAUUAGAUGAGACAGAUAGUCAGGGAUUCUAUCCACCAUCUUUAAUACCCUCUAGCUAUCAUAUCGAUGAAAGACCAGGAAUGAACCAAAUCAAUGAGGAGGAAUCGGUCACUCAGAGUUUUAUUCCACCAAGUUUUGUCAGUGGGACAAUGACCUCUGACCUUCAACCCGAUGCAGAGAUCAUCUUAGGUGGAGAAGCCAAUUAUUAUUCCAGACCCUUGCCAAGUAUUUCGGAAAAAGGAAGACCUAUACGAGUUUUGGUGACCGCCGUCAGUGAUGAACUUACCUCAAGUAUUGUUCAAAAUCUAGUGCGAGAUCUCAGCAAACAUGAUAUUGGCUACGUGGCAUAUCUUCGUGAGGAACUGAAAAUCAAUCCACCGCCCAGUCGAGAAGAACUCAGCAGCAUUCGGUUGCAACACAAAACCUGGUUGAAACAGAUAUUUACACAGUGUGACUGCGUCAUAAUGGUGGCAACAGAACAUUAUCUUGACUAUGUAAAACCAAAAUUUAACCUAAAAGAUUUUUUACAUCGAAAUAAUGAGACCAAUCAACAUCAUCGCGAGGCACAAAAACAGAUUUACAGCAUGGUGGAAAAAAGGUUUAGUAAGAAGGGUGCAGCUUCUAAAGAACUUAUCCCUGUUCUGAUUAAUGGAAGUAAACAAAGUGAUGUUCCUGAUUGGAUAAGAAAUCGUUGUCUUCUGUUUAAAUAUGACAACGAACCAAAAUCAGUAUUUAGUCAUUCUACCCUCUAUCAAUUCCUCACAUCCCAAGUUGGUGUAAACCCAGUCUGA